UUCAUAGUCUCAAGGAUCUCAUUGAAUCUAAUAUAUACAAAACUUGACAAAAAUGAAGGUGUUCCUCGUGUGCUUGGUGUUAGGUAUCUCGACUAUUUUCGCGAAACCUCCAUUUGCAUCCAAAAUCUCAAUCAAUGGUGUGAACCUCAACGCCUCCAGUGGACACGAUGUUAUUGAUGGUAAUUGCACAAAUACGACCGAUGCAGAUUUAGUUUUUAAGGACUAUAUUCAUUUACAUAGGGUUCCAUUUUUUACUAGAAGCGGCAAGUCUGAAUGGCAUGGAGACCAAAAAAUCUACUGCGUGCAAGCCUUGAAUCAGAAAAGUGACGAGACCGGUGGUACUGCUAAUAUCACAGAAGGUGGGGUAGGUCAUAAUUAUGUGACCAUAGAGAUGAAUUCGUAUGUUAGUCAUGGGAUCGAGUUUUAUAUUUAUGUUUGGGCAAAAUAGACCAAUUGCUAUUAGAGAUAAAAUAAACAGUUUUUAAAAACAA